AUGGUUACGACGACCAAGCUCAAAUCCGUCGAUUUUUACAGGAAAAUUCCUAGAGAUUUGACAGAGGCAUCGUUAUCAGGUGCAGGAUUAUCGAUAGUAGCUGCCCUCGCUAUGAUGUUUUUGUUUGGAAUGGAACUUAAUAAUUAUUUAAAAGUUAACACCUCUACAUCUGUAAUUGUUGACAAUAGUUCUGAUGGGGAGUUCUUGCGCAUUGAUUUCAAUCUCAGGAGUAAACCUAGUGUCAAUUGUCGAUCUAUUUUAUUUCCCUCUUCAACUUUUAGCUUUCCUUCACUCUCAUGUGAAUUUGCAUCGGUUGAUGUGAGUGAUGUGUUAGGAACUAACAGGUUGAAUAUAACAAAAACAAUCCGCAAAUUCUCAAUUGAUCAUGAUUUGAAGCCCACUGGAUCUGAGUUUCACUCUGGACCAGUUUCGCAUCAAAUCAAGCAUGGAGAUGAAGCUGAUGAAGAAGGCAAUGAAGGUUCUGUAGCACUCAAAACUCAUAAUUUUGAUCUAUACUCACAUCAGUAUCCAAUUUUAGUCGUCAAUUUUUAUGCCCCUUGGUGCUACUGGAGUAAUCGCCUGAAACCUUCAUGGGAAAAGGCUGCUAAAAUAAUAAGAGAAAGGUAUGAUCCAGAAAUAGAUGGGCGGAUUCUUUUGGCUAAGGUUGACUGUACUGAAGAAGCCGAUCUGUGUAGGAGGCCAAUGAAUCACAUACAAGGCUAUCCAUCCAUUCGUAUUUUCCGUAAAGGAAGUGAUCUUCGAUAUGAGCUUGACGUGUAUUCAUUUGAAGAUUGUUUGAUUUGUUUGGUCUUCCUUAGGGAAGACCAUGGACGCCAUGAGCAUGAAUCUUAUUAUGGAGAUCGAGAUACAGAAAGCCUGGUUAAGACAAUGGAGGGUUUGGUUGCACCUAUUGCAAUGGAAUCUCAAAGGCAAGCUCUGGAGCAUAAACCUGAAAAUGCAACAGAGCAUGUUAAAAGACCAGCGCCUUUAGCAGGAGGAUGUAGAAUUGAAGGAUAUGUGCGUGUAAAGAAGGUAAUGGGAUGUGACCCUAUGGUUGCUUGUAGAUAUGUUGCAAUGGAAUAUUCAGCAUUACUUGUGGUACCAGGCAACCUCAUGGUCUCAGCUCGCUCAGGAGCCCAUUCCUUUGAUUCUGCUCAAAUGAACCUGUCACAUGUCAUAUCCCAUUUCUCAUUUGGUAUGAAGAUCUUGCCCAGGGUAAUGAGUGAUGUGAAGCGUUUGACACCUUACAUUGGUCGAAGUUAUGACAGAUUGAAUGGCCGAUCUUUUAUUAAUCACCGUGAUGUAGGGGCUAAUGUCACUAUAGAGCAUUAUCUCCAAGUAGUUAAAACUGAGGUGGUUACAAGAAGAUCUUCAGGUGAUCGUAAAUUAAUUGAGGAGUACGAAUAUACAGCCCACAGCAGUUUGGCACAGACUGUCUACAUGCCGACUGCAAAAUUCCAUUUUGAGCUCUCUCCAAUGCAGACUCAAGCAGAUGCAGUUUCUGAUAGUUUUUCCUUCUGGAUUUCAGGUGGCUGGGAUAUUGGAUUCAAUUUUGCACAACACAAUUAG